CCAUUUGUUCUGAGCUACAGUUGCCUUCCGGUUCGGUAUAUUUACUGUACACAUUUUUUGUUUACUUCAUGGCUUUUUGCAGCGAAAUAGUUUCCAGUUAACAUUUUGUCAGCUGUUAAACGCGAGUCUUUUUAUUUAGUUUAUUUUUGUAGUUUUAACAUUACCCUCCGGGUUGCUGUUUGUUGAAUGCCCGAUGAUGGAGGAGCUGAGUCAGGACACUGAUGGAGGAGGACUGUCUGUAAAGGUUGAAGAGGUGGAAAACGAGAACCUGACAGAGAUGGCAGCUUUAGACGCAGAUGAGGAAGACGAGGAGGCUCUUCCUCACUCAGAGAUCCUGGAUAUUUUCGAGGAGGGACUUGCUCAACUUGUGCAGGACCCUUUACUUUGUGAUCUGCCCAUUCAGGUGACUCUGGAGGAAGUCAAUUCUCAGAUUGCUUUGGAGUACGGCCAGGCGAUGACUGUGAGGGUUUUAAAGGCAGAUGGCGAGAUUAUGCCCAUAGUGGUGGUCCAAAAUGCCACUGUCCUUGACCUGAAGAAGGCCAUUCGCAGAUUCAUGGAGCUGAAACAACAACGUGAAGGCGGAGUGAAACAUGUCAGCUGGAGAUAUGUUUGGAGAACUUAUCAUUUAGUAUUUCAAGGGGAAAAGCUUGAAGAUGACAAGAUGAGGCUCAAAGACUACGGGAUCAGGAACAGAGAUGAAGUGACGUUCAUGAAGAGACUUAGGAAAAAGUGAAAUGUCAUAGGAAAAAACACCAGUUCCUGGAGUGUGUACUGGUGCUACCUGCCUCGAAAAACUUGAAAUUACAUUUACAAAGUAUUCAUGAUUGAAGUGUUUUGGGGCAUUUUUGACAUAUUUUUGUACACAUUACAAACUGAGCAUGCUUCUCAAAGAGGCUACAUGUAAAUAAGAUAUCUGGAGUACGAGAUGUUUAGCCCCUGUUUUACUGCCAAUUUGCAGUGAUCUUGUAUAGUUGUUUGCAAACAUUAAAAUAUAUAUUUCAGUA